AUGGCUACCCCCAGUGUCCUUACUUUUGAUGCUAAGGGCCGUGCCGUUGACUUUGAGGUCUGGGUCGAUGACCUCCAGCUGUUCCUCCAGUGCGAUAGGGCAGACGGCCUCUCUCUGUUCGACCUCACCUCUCGUGCCUCCCCUGCCCCGCCUGCUACUGCUGACAGCACUGGGUGUUCCCCCUCCCCCCUCUUGCCCUCUGUUGCUUCUGCUGCUGCGGUCGACCUCGUUGGUUUCGAGUCGGUCGGCGCUACGUCUGCCCCGAGCGGGGGACGCCGCACCGGCAAGGGCAAGGGGGGCAAGGGAACUGAAGGGGCUGGAGGGGGCGGUGGAGGUGGUGGUGGAGGCAGUGGAGGGCGCGGUGGGGGUACUGGUCCCUGCACUUACGUCCUCCGUACCGGCGAACGAGCUGGUGAGCAAUGCGGGGGCCCGCACUCCACCCAGCGCUGCUUCAGUCGCGUGACGGACGCGUGGCAUCGCCAGUUCCCUGAUGCGUCAGAGAUCCCUCGCUGGGGAGAUCUGUCUAGGGCGGGAGUUGCCAUCUUUGAUCUUGACUAUGAUGCUAUCCUUGCUGCCAUGUUUUCUGUGUCUACUAGUGUUGAGGGUGACUGUUACCUGUGUGUACCGCCUGACCCGGGCAUUGAGGCCAAAGCUCUAGGUGCUAGUGAGGCUGCUACUCUAGGUGCUAGUGCAUCUGCUGCUCCAGGUGCUAGUGUGUCUGCUGCCCCAGGUGCUGGUGAGUCUGCUCUCUCAGAUACUACGUCGGCUCAGGCCUUACACACCUUCACCCUUGACUCGUGUGCGUCCCGCUCCUACUUUCGAGACCGCACCACUCUUACGCCGCUUAGUCGGCCGGUUGCGGUCUCCCUGGCGGACCCCUCAGGGGGUCCUGUCCUUGCUAGCUUCUCCAUUGUCUUACCGUGCCCGGCAGCCCUCUCUUGCACCCUGUCAGGUCUCUACCUCCCCUCGUUCUCUACGAACUUGGUGAGUGGAGCGGACCUACAGGAUAGGGGGGUUGACCAGUUCACUCCUGCGAGUCAGCGGGUGACCCACUGCACGUGUGCUCGGACAGGCCGACACUUGGCCAUGUUCACCCGUUUGCGAGUGUCUGACGAGAAGUGA